UGGUCAACUGUGAGCACCCAAGCGUGGAGAACGGGAAGCUGCUGAGCGGGUACCGCGCCGAGUACACCUACAGAGACACCGUCGUGUUCGACUGCAACUUCCGCUACGCCAUGAACGGCAGCGAUGCCUCCACGUGCAACGAAAAGAGCCUUUGGGACCCUCCGCUGCCCCGCUGUCAGCUGAGCAGCUGUGACGACCCUCCAGAUGUGCAUAAUGCUGUUAAAGCAAAACUUGCUGGCAAUUUGUUUCCUGUGGAGACUGUCGUCACCUACGAGUGCAGGGAGGGCCACCAGUUCAGCCCGGGAGAAACCACGCGGCACGUUAAGUGUCUGCCGGAUUUUACGUGGACUGAAACUCCACCUCCCUGUGAAAGAAUUCGUUGCCCAAAUCCAGACGUCAGGAAUGGAAAGCCCUUACAUGCAUGGGAAGACAAAGACAGUUAUGCGUACGGAGACAGACUGGAAAUUACGUGUAAUGAUGGCUACGCUUUCAAAGGUCAUAGCAAUACCGUUGUGCUCCAGUGUACAAGUGAUGGUAGAUGGGGUCCAGCAGUACCGGAGUGCACUCCAGAACCUCGUUGCCCAAAGCCCAAUACUACUCAUGGAAGAGAGGUUUAUAAGAGCAAAAAUGACUACACAGUUGGGACCCGACUGAGGCUGGGGUGUGAUUCGGGCUAUGUCCUCAGGGGCCAGGACUCGACCGAGUGUCAGGCUGAUGCGAGCUGGGCUCCUCCAUUACCAUUUUGUGAUAAAGUCUGUGGCCCCCCGCCACAGGUCGCCAACGGGCAGCACUCUGGCUUGGGACGGGAGCAGUUCCCCUACGGCGCAGAGGUGACGUACAGCUGUGCGGAGGGUCUGUCCCUCCUUGGGGACGCCUCCGUCUACUGCACCUCCGACGACGGGGAGAGCCUGGCGUGGAGCGGACCUGCCCCGGAGUGCAGGGUGGUUCGGUGCCCCAAGCCCGCAGUCGAGAGGGGAAGGAUGACUCCGCAGAGGUUCGCGUUUCCCUACGGGGCGGCCGUGCGGUUCUCCUGUGACGAAGGCUUCGUGCUGCGUGGCGAUGCCGAGAGCCGGUGCCUGGCCGACGGCGCCUGGCACCCUCCCCCGCCCACCUGCCAGCCAGUUCAGUGCCCUCGACCCUCGGGACAGGAGGACCUGGUGAUUUACUCUUUUAAAUCAUGGUACAAGAAAAAGCGUGAUACGUGUGAGAGGAUUCUUCGAAACAGAGAAGCUUUCGAGUGUGGAGUUCCUCUGGCAGAACUGAAAACUCUGCUGGAAGUCCAGAAGCUGUACCUGGAGAUCCAGAAACUUGAAAAAGAGCUAAAAACCACGGCAUAUAGCUGA